AUGUUCCGCUCUACCGCUCUCCUCUCCUUCUGCCUCUUGGCUCAGCGUGUCCUCGGCCAACAGGUCGGGACUCUCACUGCUGAGACCCACCCCACCCUUCAAGUCUCCGAGUGCGCUGCUGGUGGAACUUGCACGAGCUCCAGCUUGCCCAUCGUCUUGGACGCCAACUGGAGGUGGACUCACUCCACUACUGGUUCCACCAACUGCUACACUGGUAACGAAUGGGACGCCACCCUCUGCCCUGACGAUACCACCUGCGCUGCCAACUGUGCACUCGACGGUGCUGACUACUCCGGCACGUACGGUAUCUCCGUCAGCGGCGACGCCUUGACUCUCAAGUUCGUUACUCCCAACUCCAACGGCCAGAACGUCGGAUCGCGUGUCUACUUGAUGUCCUCCGACACUGAGUACAAGGAGUUCAACCUUCUCAAUCAGGAGUUCACCUUCGACGUCGACAUGAGCACCUUGCCCUGCGGCCUCAACGGUGCCCUUUACUUCUCUCAGAUGGACGCCGAUGGUGGUAUGGCUAGGUUCCCAACCAACAAGGCCGGUGCCAAGUACGGAACUGGCUACUGCGACUCUCAGUGCCCUCGUGACAUCAAGUACAUCGAUGGAGAGGCCAACGUCGCGGGCUGGAACGGCACAUCCACCAACUCUGGUACUGGUUCCAUGGGUUCUUGCUGCUCCGAGAUGGACAUCUGGGAGGCUAACACUAUGGGUGCCGCUGUCACUCCUCACCCCUGCAGUCUUACUGAACAGACUUCCUGCACUGGCGAUGACUGCGGUUCUCCUGACCGCUACGCCGGAGUUUGUGACCCCGAUGGUUGUGACUUCAACUCCUUCCGUAUGGGCGACGAGUCCUUCCUCGGGCCAGGCUUGACCAUUGACACCACCCAGAAGAUCACUGUCGUCACUCAGUUCAUCACCGAUGACGGUACUGCCGACGGUAACCUCGCCCAGAUCAACCGUGUCUACGUUCAGAACGGCCAAGUCAUCCAGAACUCUAACUCUACCAUCCCCGGUGUUACUGGUAACUCGAUCACGGACGACUUCUGUGACGCUCAGAAGACCGCCUUUGGCGACACAAACGACUUCGACAAGCACGGCGGUCUCGCUCAGAUGGGCGCUGCCUUCAAGGCUGGCAUGGUUCUCGUCCUCUCCAUCUGGGAUGACUACGCUGUCAACAUGCUCUGGCUCGACUCCACCUACCCGACGACCGACACCGCCGCCGACCCCGGCGCCGCUCGCGGAAACUGCUCUACCACCUCCGGUGCCCCCGCUGACGUCGAGUCCUCCGCCGCCAGCGCCGCCGUCAUCUACAGCAACAUCAAGUACGGCCCCAUCGGCUCCACGUUCUCGAGCACUGGCACUGGUACUGGCGGAAGCUCCACCGCUUCUGCUCCUCCCACGUCUACCUCUUCUGCCGCUGGUGCCGCCCAGACCAAGUACGGCCAGUGCGGUGGAACCGGCUGGACGGGACCCACGGCCUGUGCCUCUGGCUCGACAUGCACGGCUUCCAACCAGUACUACAGCCAAUGUCUCUAA